AUGCUCGAGUACCGCACAGAAGGGUUUAACGGAUGCGCAGUCAAGUACUCUCCCUUCUUUGACUCUCGCAUUGCUGUUGCGGCAUCCUCGAACUUCGGCCUGGUGGGAAAUGGCCGUUUCUACAUCCUCAACCUGACACCGCAGGGGAUACUCCCACAACAAUCCUACACUACACAAGAUGCUCUUUACGAUGUUGCUUGGUCUGAGAUACAUGAGAAUCAAGCACUGGUAGCAUCUGGAGACGGGAGUAUCAAGCUAUUUGAUAUUGCGGUUAAUGAAUUUCCAGUACAAGGAUGGAAAGAACAUUCGCGAGAAGUUUUCUCAGUGCACUGGAAUUUAGUCGCUAAAGACCGCUUUUCCUCAAGUAGCUGGGAUGGAACAGUCAAAGUCUGGACACCCGAUAGACCUCAGUCUUUGCUUACUCUCCCAACUAAUAGCUGUACCUACUCUGCUGCGUUUUCGCCUCAUUCGCCUGAUAUCUUAUCCUGUGUGGCCUCAGACUCCUACCUGCGCGUUUUCGAUCUACGGACCCCAGCUGCAACCAACCACCUCACAUUGCAGAUGCCCAUCCAUGGAGCAAACUCACCUCAAAAACCCGGAUUUACACCUGCCACUGGCCCGGUUUCCCCGUCGGAAGCCCUUACCCAUGACUGGAAUAAAUACAGACCCUCGGUGGUAGCUACAGCUGGCGUGGAUAGAACUAUCCGCACUUUCGACAUUCGAGCUCCUCGUCAAGGGCCUCUAUCAGCCAUGAUUGGCCAUGAAUACGCGAUUCGAAAAGUAUCCUGGUCGCCUCACCUAUCUCAUGUCCUUCUCAGUGCAAGCUACGAUAUGACCUGCCGUGUCUGGACAGAUGGUUCAGAAGGGAUGCUAUCAGGCGACGCAGACCUUACAAGAAGUGGACCGAUCUCUACUAUAGGCAGAGAGCUAGGUCGCAUGGGAAGGCACACGGAAUUUGUUACUGGCAUAGACUGGUGUCUCUUUGGAAGUGAAGGGUGGUGUGCAAGCUGUGGGUGGGAUGAGAGACUGUGUGUUUGGGAUGCCAGAGCUGUAAUGGCAUAG